GCUGUCGUUGUCGAUCGGUCGCAGUUCGCACGGAGUACACUUCGCGGUGAAUGUGAAUAAGGUUCCGUUUUYAUUUCAUACGCCGGUCUAAGGUGUUACAAUAUUUAUUUAUUUUUUAAUAUUAUCACUGUCGUCCGUUUCGUACGCUCAUUUCAAUCGUCGGCCGACUGUGGUUCAUCAAACGAAAUAUGUCUAGAAGAACCGAUUUGGAUCUGAGCGAUGACCAGAGAUUCGCCCUGAUGAAGUUGCGGAGAAGCGUUGCAGACUUGAAAUUGGAAGAAAAAUACGACGACUGCUUUUUACUCAGAUGGCUGGAAGCGGCCGAGAUGAUAAUCAACUUGUUACAAAUGUACGAGGCCAAUUACCCAGAAAUAUUGAAGGCAUGUUACGCGAUUAAUGCUCCCAAAGUGUUCUCUUUUGCGUUCAACAUACUUAAAAACAUACUUACCGGCAACACAAUGAGCAAGUUCAUAAUAUAUAAAGCAGACCCGAGCAAGUGGAUGCCAGCGUUGGCAAACUCCAUCGACAGUGACCAGUACCCAGCGUAUUUCGGUGGCAGUCUGAAGGAUCCCGACGGCAACCCCAGAUACACCACCAAGAUAAAUCAAGGAGGAAAAGUGCCAAAGGAAUUAUACUUAAAAAAUGACAAAAAGCUCACAAAUUCUGAUGAUAUGACCUUAGUAAAUAUAAAGAAAGGCGAUAAACUAUACCUGAAAUAUACAGUUACUGUACCACAAAGUUUUCUGAGGUGGCAGUUCAAAACCGAGGGACAUGAUAUAAAAUUUGGAAUAUUAGCAACGGAUUCAGAAAAUAUACAAACAAUAAUUAUGCCGAUAAAGAAAGUCGCUUGUCACGAGUUUGAAGAGAUCGGAGUAAUCAAAUGCAAACAUACCGGAGAAUGUUCACACUUGUGCGAUGAAUGCCAUUCUUCUUGUAUCACAACUGAGGCACGACAACCAGACUAA